AUGAAGAAAGCUCUGAUUCUGAGGGCUCUCGCUCUGGCCGCCGUGAUGAGCCCCUGUGGAGGUGAAGACAUCGUGGCUGACCACGUGGGCACUUAUGGCACAAAUGUCUACCAGACCUACGGCGCCUCUGGCCAGUUCACAUUUGAAUUUGAUGGAGAUGAGCUCUUCUACGUGGACCUGGGAAAAAAGGAAACUGUCUGGAGGCUGCCCAAGUUUAACAAUAUUACCAUGUUUGAAAUUCAGAGUGCCCUGAGAAACAUUAUUAUGUCAAAAAGAAAUUUGGACAUCUUGAUAAAAAAUGCCAACUUUACACCUGCCACCAACGAAAUCCCUGAAGUGGCUGUGUUUCCCAAAUCCUCCGUGGUCCUGGGGAUCCCCAAUACCCUCAUCUGUCAAGUGGACAACAUAUUUCCUCCUGUGAUCAACAUCACUUGGUUUUACAAUGGACACUUUGUUGCAGAAGGUAUCUCUGAGACCACCUUCUACCCCAAGAGUGACCACUCCUUCCUCAAGUUCAGUUACCUCACCUUUCUUCCCUCCGGUGAUGACUUCUAUGACUGCAGAGUGGAGCACUGGGGCCUGGAAGAGCCCCUCGUCAAGCACUGGGAGCCCAAGAUUCCGACCCCUACAUCAGAGCUGACAGAGACUGUGGUCUGUGCCCUGAGGCUGGCCAUGGGCCUUGUGGGCAUCGUGGCGGGCACUGUCCUCAUCCUCCGAGUCUGGUGCUUGGGUACUGCCUCCAGACGUCGAAGGGCCAUGUGA